UACUGGACACUGGUAGCACCUCUUGCUAUAUCACAAGACAUCUGUGUUCAAAAUUAAAUUUACCUCUUCAUAGCAUUGAGACUACAGUGACAGGUAUCACUAAUCAGAGCAUAAACAUAAACAAAAGCACCACUAUACAAAUAAAGUCAGCACACAACUGUUACGAAACAGAAACAACAUGUCUAGUAGUCAAUCAGAUAUCAAAUUCACUUCCUAGUGCAUACAUUGACAGGCAGAUGAUUAACAUCCCACAACACAUACACUUAGCAGACCCAGACUUCAAUAUUCCUGCUCCGAUUGACAUAUUACUUGGCUCAGAAAUAUUCUGGCAAGUAAUACGGACAGGAAGGUUGUCACUAGGUAAACACCAACCAGUCUUACAGGAAACAGAACUGGGAUGGCUAAUCUCAGGCUGUUUACCUAUAGAUGGUAUCAGUCAACCUAACAAAAACAACACAUGUUUUUUUGUUAGUCAGAUUUCAGAUCAGUUAACUCGCUUCUGGGAGUUAGAAAACAUUACAGACACUUCAGAAACCUCAUCACCAGAUAUUCAGACAUGUGAAGACAUAUUCUCCACAACCACAACACGUGAUGAGACAGGCAGGUUCACAGUGAACAUUCCUUUUAAGCAGUCACCAGAUUGCCUAGGGAAUUCAUAUUAUCAGGCCAAGCAGCGUUUUCUUAACAUAGAAAAACGAUUCAGCUCAGACCCACUAUACAGACAGGAAUAUGUAGACUUCAUGCAGGAGUACAUUGAUACAGGGCACAUGACUAAAAACAUACAGACAGACAGACAAAAACCCUCCUAUUACUUACCACAUCAUGGUGUAAUACGUGAGGAAAGCACAACUACAAAAUUCAGAGUAGUGUUUGAUGGUUCCGCACGAACAUCAAACAAAAUAUCACUUAAUGAUAUUCAAAUGAUAGGUCCCGUAGUGCAAGAUGAUCUCACAUCAAUACUAAUCAGGUUUAGACAACAUAAAUAUAUAGUAUCAGCUGACAUCGAAAAAAUGUAUCGACAGAUUUGUAUCUGUCAGACAGAUACAACGGCCUUUACAACAAAUUGUUUUUCGUUUUGACCCAUCCCAUCCACUUGACACGUAUACACUAAACACGGUCACUUAUGGUACAGCAUUAGCACCUUUUCUCGCCACACGUUGCUUGAAACAGGUGGGGCUGGACUGUCAACAGGACAAGGAAAUCUCAGAGGUGAUAAUGCGUGAUUUCUACUGUGAUGACCUACUCACUGGGUCUGAUAAUGAGACACGCCUUACACACAUAAUUCAAGAAGUAAAUAAUGCAUUAAAGUCAGCACAAUUUCCUCUUCAAAAAUGGCAGUCCAACCACCCUGAUAUACUACAAAAGGCACAGUUAUCAUCAGACUCACCACAUCACACAGUCAAUUUAGGUAACAAGGAGGCAUCUAAAACAUUAGGUAUUUAUUGGAAUCUUAAACAUGACACUAUAACGUACACUACGCAAAUAAAAAACACAGACCAUGAUAAAAUCACCAAACGUAAAAUUCUCUCCACCAUAGGACAGAUAUUCGACCCAUUAGGUCUCAUAAGUCCUUCAGUUUUAGAAGCUAAACUAUUAAUGCAAAAUAUGUGGUUACAGAAUAUUCAGUGGGAUUCAUACAUCCCACAUGACAUUCAGAAACAGUGGAAGGCGUUCGUAGACUCCUUAGCAGCUUUAAAACAGCUUAUAAUACCCAGAUAUGUUUUUAGUUCACAGAACAAUGCAGAACUACACAUAUUCUGUGAUGCUUCACAGAGCGCUUACGGAGCAUGCGUGUAUGUGCGCACGCAGGACCCUAACGGCGCUGCGUGUGCACGACUAUUCAUAGCCAAGUGCAGAGUAGCUCCCUUAAAGAGCUUAACUAUCCCACGCCUGGAGCUCUGUGCAGCACUCACAGCUGUUAGAUUAUACAAGAAGGUCAUUGACUCUAUUCGUAAUCCACAGAUUAUUUCAAAUUGCUAUUUUUGGAGUGAUUCAAUGAUCACCCUAUCAUGGAUAAAGUCAUCACCUCACAAGUUAAAUGCAUUUGUAAGUCAUAGAGUCAAUGAAAUUCAAACCACAACAGGCCAUCACACAUGGCGAUAUGUACCCACGAAACAGAACCCCGCAGAUCUCAUAUCUCGUGGUCUCACAGCGACUCAACUCAUACAUUCAGACAUGUGGUUUUCAGGUCCCGAGUUUCUUAGGUAUGAUGAAAACAGCUGGCCCACAUCACCCGGGCACCUCAGCGAGUCUGACCUACCAGAAACAAAAAACCACACAAACACAGAACAUUGUUGCAUAUCACUGGCUGCAACCCGCUGCGUCUGCCGAGAUACCAGCGAGUUGAACAGCUACGUCAACACUUUUGGAACCGCUACUACAAAGAAUACAUUUCACAGCUCCAAACGCGGUCCAAAUGGCAGCAAUCUCGUGGACAACUGGAGGAGGGCAUGCUGGUCGUCGUCAAGGAGGAGGACGCCCCGCCAGCCCGCUGGACCCUGGGCAGAAUAAUACACCUUCACCCUGGAGCAGACGACGUCGCGAGAGUUGCAGAUAUCAAAACCCAAGCAGGCACCAUAAGAAGGGCCUUCAAUCGAAUAUGCCCUCUUACAUGACCGAGGCUCUCACACUUGGCCCCCGGCACAAAUGACCCGGCUCAUAACACAGAUGACUCGCAGACAGCUAAAUCAGAAAGCAGAGAGCUACUUCAGAAUGCAGACAGCUAAAUCAGAAAGCAGAGAGCUACUUCAGAAUGCAGACAGCUACAUCAGAAAGCAGAGAGCUACUUCAGAAUACUGAUAGCCAUUUCAGAAUACAGAUGGCCUUCACACAAUGCACAUCACGAGGCCUUCACUCUUGGCCCCGGCAGAAUGUUGGCAACACCAACACGCGCGCGCAUGCGCGAUACAAAGGACCAGAAGACAGGAGCGCCGCGCGCGCGGGACCGCCCACUUCUCGACCGACUCCGCCGCCGCCGCACGCGCGCUUGUUUAUUGAUUCGUCAUAUAAUUAUUUCGCUGUAAUCUAAAGUAAUUAAAUACAUUUUUAUACUUGUAUUUAGCGUCGUUUAAUUUAACUUCAACACACAGUCUA